AUGGCCACGGCGUGCGGCCUGUGCUGCUCCGGUGGCUCGUCGUUGUUUCUACUCACGCCUGCCUACGGCGCACGUGUGCCUUAUGGUGCCUGUGCCGGCGGGUUCGCGCCCCUGGCCGCCACUGCGGUGGGCCGAGGGGCCGCCGGAGGGGCAGGCGUCCACCGCCAACCGCAGACGCCGACGGGUGCCUCGGGUGGAGGGUCGGUCGAGGGCGUUGGAGAGUUGGCUCGUGCCGAUCGCUCCAUGUUUCAGCCAACCGCCGGAGCCUACACGGUCCGCGAGGCGGGAGCCUGA